UUGAGAGCAACGAUUAAGUAUAGGCAGGCGAGGCAGGCCUUAUGUCCACACACAUACACACAUACACACACGUCCCCCAGAGCGCCACAAACCGGCAGACAGCAAUGCGAUGAGCCCAUGUCGAUGUGUUUAUCUAGCUAUUGUUUGACCGGCACCUGCUCUUCCUCCACACUGACCCCCAGCUGCUGCAGCCCCUGCUUGGAUGUGGGCCCUAUCUCAGCGUUGCUCAUGAGCUGCUUGGACACCUGGGCGCAGAACGAGCCAGGCGACUGGUCCGCCUGCCCGACUCCACCAUCUUGGCCAGUGUGUCCCGCACAGGAAAGUCAUCGGGCAUGUUCAUCUCGUCCAGCAGCUCGCUGAGGUGCUCCAACUCCGCCUUGCGGUCCGAGGCGUGCUGGGGGUGCGCCUUGAAGUAUUGUUGCAGCUCCUUCUCGCAGGCCUUCUUGAGCUUCUCCUCUAUCCGCUUGGUCACCUGGGCCAAACUCAGCUGGUGCUUGUGCUGAGAGGUGUCCCGCAGACUGGUCGACUGCUCGGUCAGCGCCGUCUGGCCGUCGAGGGGCGAGGGAUUGCUGCCCUCGGUGCGUGGGGGGCCGUCGGGCUCAUCUGAGUCGGGGUUGGCCUCCACCAGGUCCGGCCAGGCGAUUUCGCUCUCCUGCUGUGCCUGGGCGCCCUCCUGCAUCAUUGCAGUGGCCUGGUCGGAUGCAUCCACAGUGAAGGAGGUGCCGGGAGAGGCGGCUGCGUCCUCUGCAGUGUCGCUGUUGGUCAGGGAUUGGUGAAGGGCCUGCUGCGCUCGCUCCACAUCGAUGAGACUCCUGCGGGUCGCUGAUGCUGGGGUGGGGCCCAGAAAGAGCCACACAAGGCUGACGCAAAGGACGAGGGAGCGAAACAACAUCGCGAACGGGAGG